CAUCGCAUCGCGCGCGACACCAACUACCCAUCUCUUCAACACCAUCAACCAUCACGAAUAUCGCAAUCAUCCGCUACAAUGGUCGGCAAAAAGAAGCGCGGCCAUCCCGACGUCGAGGAGCUUCUCGCGAGGCCAUGGUGCUACUACUGUAAGUCUCUCCUCUACCUUCCUAGGUUGGCCCCCAUACUAACAGAUCGGUCUAGGUGAGCGUGAUUUCGAUGAUCUCAAGAUUCUCAUAUCCCAUCAAAAAGCCAAACAUUUCAAAUGCGAGAGAUGCGGUCGAAGACUAAAUACUGCUGGAGGUAUACCGAUCUGAUCCCAAGACAUAUCAUUCCAUACUGACGCCCGUAGGACUCUCUGUGCACAUGAACCAGGUACACAAAGAAACAUUAACAAGUGUCGAUAACUCAUUGCCCAAUAGACAAGGCCUUGAGGUGGAAAUCUUUGGUAUGGAAGGAAUCCCGGAAGAGGUCUCCGCAGCACAUAAUCAGCGCAUUAUCCAGGGUUUCUACCAAGCCGAAGCCGAACGUCGAGCUGCGACGGGAAAUCCUGGCCCAGGAGGAAACAAUGCCGGACAAUCGAAGAAGCCAAAGUUCGAGAGCCCUGCCGAGUUGAAGAAACGAUUAGCCGAGCAUAAAGCGAAGAAAGAGGCCGAGAAGGCGGCUGGGGCAAGUGGUGGUAAUACUCCGCUGGAUGGUGCACAGAAUAGUCCUUUGGGACAGAGUCCAAGUUCAUUUGUAAGUUUCCAAAGUUUCAACGUCAGUUCUGAGUUAUACGUGCUAACUCUUCUCCAACAGAAUGCUGCUCCAUAUUCUGCUCCUCCACAAGCUUCCUAUGGCGCUACACAAGGUGCGGGUUAUGGAUCAUUUUCACAAGAACCUUAUUCGCAACCUGCGGUAGCUUACCAACAGCCUUAUACUUCUCAGCCGCCAUUCUCUGGUCCCCCAGGUGCCCAAAUUCAACCACAAUUCUCACCACCGCAACAAUAUCCUCCAUCAUCACAAUCCUUUCCUCCUCCACCAGGUUUUCAACCACCACCAGGUCAGACUUACCCCGGUGCACCCCCACCAUCAUUCGGAGCUGGUUCACCACCGCCUGGAUCGUUUAAUGGUUAUCAAGGACCACCUUCGACUUCACCAUCUGUCCCUGGAAAUCUCCCCAACCGACCUCCGAGUCUUCCGCCGGCUCCUGGUCUUCCACAACGCCCUUCUUUCGGAGCCCCAGCAGUCCCACCUUAUCAGAUGCAACAGUUGCAUCAAGGCCCACCACCUGCUUCCUUCCAAAGUCAGCAAGCUGGAUGGCAAGGCAAUGGAUGGAAAGGUCAAGAACAGAAAACAGCUAUGUCACCAGCUUAUCCUCCCGCAAUUCAAGGCUUUGGAGAUUAUACGACUAACGCUUCCUCGGUGGAUGACCUGGUUUCAGGCGCCGCUAGAGAAGCUGAUGACAUUGACGAGAUUAUCAGAAUGGCCGAAGCCGGUAUUAAACCACCGAAGAAGGGUGAUGCUACAUCAACUCCAGUAUCCGCUACAGAAGCAGAAGCAACCUCUACCCCUCAACCCGAGGUCACCAAGGCCGAACCGGCGGAGAAGAAAUCGAAGAAGGACAAGCCAACCAAGAUGAUAUAUUCUGAUAAUGAGAUCAGCCCCGAAGAAAAGAUGGCUCUAAUGCCCAGGUACGCAUUCAUCCCAGAAGGAAAGACUGAAUCAUCACCCGUUGAAGGUGCUACGGCGGGCGUUGAGGCUGUUGCCAUCAAAGCGUAAAGCUGGGUUUUCAUUAUAUAAAAGCACGUCGGCAGGUCGCUCAAGUCUCUCACUUUUCUUUUCUCGUGGCACCACUUCGUCAACAUACCCAGUUCUAUGCCAAAGCGUUUCGCCAUGAUUUGACCAUUCCAAAAAUUGAAGGGAAGAGUGGACGACAAAAAGUCUGAGGAUGAAGAUAAGUUAGCGGGUAGCGCUCUGUUACGGUUUCAUGUAGAUUUCUAAUUGCUGUUGGUUUUAGCGUUUCUUUCUGGCAGAAGCUUCAUUCCUGGUCCGGAAUCUUGAGUAAGAGACGCGAUGGCUGGAUUCUCGCCGUGACGGCAUACCAACAUCUGAACUUAGGACUGUAAAGUGGUGAUUGGGGGGUUUGGAACCUUUGUAAGUACCAGAAGGUUGGCGAUCUCUACAUGCUCCCUUUUUUCAAAUUUACUUCAAAUUGCUUUGCCUAUCAUGAUUAAGUGCUUCAUACUAUUUUGCUACAGCCGUAAUGACCAGAAGAUUUCGACUCGCGAUUCCGCUUUCAAUCAAUUGAUCUCGUUGUCCCAAAGCAUCUAUACGAAGGAGGUCACACGCGCCAUAUGGUGGAAGCUGAGUGGGUGGUGUCACCAAGGUAAGUGGAUCUCGGCAUGGUAUGGCAUUGUCGAAUCGUAGCAUGGGAUUUUGUUUACCCCAUAAUUUUUGGGGGCAGCCGGAUGGGGCCGGGAUGGGUUUGUUCAGGCUAAAUUAUUUUCUUGAUACCCCGCAAUAUAGUUUUGCCGUCUAUCCCACUUUCCAUUAUUGUAUUAUCUUUUCUUUGUUAUGUGGAAUUGAAGUUGCAAUUUACAUGCAGGUAUGACUGGCCUCAUUUGUCAGUUUGACGAAAUUUUGGAAGCAAGUGCUUGGUUUGGAGCUUCGAGAUUCGAGACCCGAUGCUACAUAUGCAAUACAAAGUGUUAUUUCAUGGAAGCUUCGUGCCCCAUUCAACCGGUAGGUUGGUCAACCUCAGUCGUCUCUCUUCCUUGGAACGGAUCAUGCCCCAUUUACUUGUUGAAAACGCGGGGGUAAACUCUUUUUUUGAUCAUGUCACUUUCUUCACCUUUUCGGUCUUGGAAUUUUUUUUGCUUCUCCAUCUUUGCGAGUGAGAGCUUUGCCGAGUUAAUACUCAUUAAUAUCCUCCUCUCUCCUCCCUCUUCCUCCCUUGUUCUCACCCUCUUCCUUUCCCAUCUUCUCCCUUAC